AAGGCGCUUUAGGGACAAUUAAGCAACACCCGACGGAUACACGAAAAUAGACGAGGAGGGAUGGACCUCUUUUUCCUCUCAUUUUCUCCGUUUAUUAUUUUUUGACUUUUUUAUUUUUAUUUUUUGGCUUCACCACCUGUAGCUGAGUGAUGAUAUUCCUCUACGAUAUAUAAAAUAAUAAUAAUAAUAUAUUUAAAAAAAAACAUCGUAAAAGGAGAAAGGGGUUAAAGCAUGGAGAGGAAGGAAUUUGUACUCACAUAGCCGACAAGUCAUCCGUCGGGGAGCUCGCCAUUUCUCUCUCGCUGGUCAUAUUCUCGUGGAGGAAGAAGAGGAAGAGGCGGCCAUGGGCAAAGAGGAGUGUAAAACUAUGCUGGACGCGCUGAACAAAGUGACGGCCUGCUACCGGCACCUGGUCGUGGCGCUGGGCAGCACUUCGGACUCGCAGAACUUGCGGGAGGAGCUGAAGAGGACCCGCAAGAAGGCGCAGGAGCUGGCCGCGGCCAACCGGACUAAGCUCACCUCGGUGCUGAAGGACAAGAGCCUCAGCAAGGAGGACCGCGCCGAGUACGAGCGCCUGUGGGUGCUCUUCUCCAGCAGCAUGGACCUGCUGGAGGUGGACAUGAAGCGCUCCCUGGAGAUAGGCCAGGACUUCCCGCUCAAGGUGCCCACGCGGCACCUCAUCCAGACGGGCAUGACGGGCAGCACCGGCCCGGUGGCGGCGCGCGCCAUGAGCGUGCAGAACAUGAAGUACGAGGCCGACAGCAACAUCGACACCGCCGACCUGCGCGACCUGCAGGCGGAGAUCUGCCAGGUCAGCCAGAUGAUGGAGGAGAUGGAGAUGAAGGUGCAGGUGGCGCCGUGGGCCGUGGAAGCCAAGCAGGAGGCGGGCGCCGAGCUCAAGUCCAACAUGAGUGUGGGGAAUUCCUCCGUGGGCGUCAUCUCCAUCUGCGAGGAGGAACCCAAGGACGAGGACGGGGGAGGUGGCAGGGACACCGGCUUGGCGUCCAUCUGCGCCGUGGUGGUGUUCUUUGUCAUUGUCACCGUGGCCGUGGUGCUGGGAUAUCUGGUCAUCAACAUGUCCUGAAAGAGUGGUAGGGUAGGUAGGUUACGUGAUCAGCGCUUCGAUGGUUCGCUAACUUUUUUUUUUUUUUUCCACCACCUAAAAAAAAAAACUCUCCCAAGUACCACCAGAAUGACAAAACAUUAAAUUACGGUAGCGUAGUAGGCCUGAGUAUUCAUCAAAGACAAGGCGGAGGUUUUUGUUUGACCGCUGUAACGUUACGCACGGUUUGAACAGUAACACUGUGUUUGAAUGUAGGUAAAUAAAACACUGUACUUUUUACCAAGGGAUUGUUUGACAUACCACUAGAUCAGGGGUGUCAAACUCAUUUUAGAUCGGGGGCCACAUGGGGGGAAAAAAACUACUCCCAACUGGUAAAAUCACGGCACGAUAACUUAUAAAUAAAGACAACUUCAGAUUGGUUUCUUUGUUUAAAAAGAUAGAACAAGCACAUUUUGAAAAUGUACAAAUCAUAAUGUUUUUUUUACACAUGAAUAUUGUAGUUAAUACUUUAUUUAGCAUUAUUUAUAUUACCGUAUUUCCUUGAAUUGCCGCCGGAGUGCUGGUGAGCUGCUUUCUCGCCUCAGAGCUCUUAAAAGUUGAUUCUAGAUUAUAAAUCAUGUUUCUCACUAGGAUUGUACGGUAUAGUAUAGUACCAUGAUAUUAAUGAAUCAUAUUCGGUUCUAUACCACCUCUGAAAAGAACAGAAAAAGGGCGGUUCCAACCUCAGGGAGUGGCUCCCGUAGAGGCUCAUCAUGUUGUGCCACAAAGCCUUAAAGGGAACCCACUUUUUUUUUUUAUAAUUCACAAUCCUCAUGAGAAACAAGAACAAACAUGUCUUUUUAAAUGCAUUCUACAUGUUCAUAUGAUUCACCCUUUGAAAUACUUGCUGUAGUUCAAGACUAACGGCCAUUUGAAAAACAGCACUGCACAUCCUAAUGGCGGCUAGGGUUGCAAAGGGGUGGAAAGUUUCCUGUAAAUUUCCGGAAACUCUCCGGAAGUUAAGCUCGUGAAGUUUGGAUAUUUUUACCAUUUUUUUGAUUAUUGGAAGUUGGACACUGUCCAUCAUAUUCUGUAGAAUACGAUUAGAAGCUUGUAAUGCAAUGCCACACACAGAUAUAAAUACCGUAUUUCCUUGAAUUGCCGCCGGGGCGCUAAUUAAUGUAAAACUUCUUCUCACUCCUGCGCUUACCAAAGGCAUGCGGUAAAAGUAAGCAUGCGCUAAUUAUUUUAAAACCUCUUCUCAUUCCGACACUUUCCAAAGGAAUGCAGUAAACAUUUGAGUGUGAUGUAAGCUUGGACCUUAAAUCCUACUGAAUAGCUCUUAAUCUUCUUCCCUUUAUGCGAUUUCAAAUUACCGGUAUUGAAAUCAGCCUCCUCGGAUUUUGAAAAUGAUGACAGGGGAAGUGUCACUCGUGACGUCACGAGUUUGACCAGGCGUUAAUACUAAGCAUGCGCUAAUUAUUUUGGGAAGCGAGUUUGACCCGGCAGUAAUUCAAGGCAGGCGCAUACCAUAUGCCCUGCAGCAAUUCAAGGAAAUACGGUAUGCAAUAAUGUUAAUCAGUCAAAUAAUUGGUGUUCAUUUUCAAUCUAUCAAGAUAAAACAUAAUAUCAAAAUUAAAUAACAGUAUGUUAUUUAUGUAGUUCGUUCAUUUUCCUCCACUGAUGUACUAACGUGGUUUAUUUUGUACAUAUGUAGCAUCAUCUACAAAGAUACAGAUAAUUGCCAUUGCGACAUCCACAUUUAGAACAGUAGUUUCUUUCAUUCAGAAAUUUCAGGUUAAUUUUCAUACUGAGCAAACUCAUCCCGCGGGCUGGAUAAAACCUGUUCGUGGGCCCGACCUGGCCCUCGAGCCGUACGCUUGACACCCCUGCACUAUAUGGAGCCUUUACCACAGUUUGAGAAUCAAAACCUGCUCUGACUGGCUCACGCACCCGCUUUCUGUUUACAUUUCACUUGCAAAAAGUGCACAAACAUGACAGGAAUCAGUAUUACUGUUUAUUAUGGCCACACUGAAAAGAAAAGUACUGUAGAACAAUACAAAUAACAUUUUUGUAUUAUUAUAAAGAAAAAACGAUGUGAGAAUAAGUUAGUAUUAAAGUCCCAACGAUAGUCACAUACACUAGGUGUGGUGAAAUUACCCUCUGCAUUUGACCCAUCCCCUUGUUCCACUCCCUGGGAGGCGAAGGGAGCAGUGAGCAGCAGCGGUGGCCGCGCUCUGGAAUCAUUUUGGUGAUUUAACCCCCAAUUCCAUCCCUUGAUGCUGAGUGCCACGCAGGGAGGUAAUGUGUCUCGUUUUCAUAGUCAUUGGUAUGACUCAGCCGGGGUUUGAACUCACGACCUACGGGGGCGGACACUGUAACCACAAAGCCACUGAGCAACUUAAUAAAAUAAAAAAAGGUUGCGAGAAAAAAGUUUGGAGUAGGAUAGAAGUCUUAUAAUGUUAUAAGUAUAAAGUGAGAGCAAUAGCGAGAUUUUUGUGACAUAAGUCGUAAUGUUACACAAGUCACUGUGCUGCGAGACUUGUCAUACUGUUACACAAAGUGUUGUUACAGUGAGAAAACAGUGUAUAUCAAAUAUUACAAGAAAGAUUGUGUUAAUUUUAUGAAAAUGAAGUCAUAUUUUGCGACUUAAUAGUCGUGAUGUAAUGAAAGUCACUGUGUCGGCGAGUUGUACUGUUACAGGACUAAAUGGUUAAAACAGAACAUUUUCACAAUAAAUAUUUUUAUUCCAAUUUUCAGUCAACGUAAGUGUUAUUAAAAUGAGAAAACAGUGUAAUUGCAAUAUUUCAAAAAAGGAAAGCAUUAAGACAUAUUGGGUCUAAAAGGUUACAAGAGUCAUAAUGUCAGAAGACUCGUGUCGUAAUGUUACGGAAAGUUUUACCAGACUAAAGUCGGAAUGUUAUGCGUCACAAAGCUUUUGUGUCCUAUAAAUCUAAUGCUUCAAAAGAGAAACAUGUUAUAGUAGGACACAUUUUUACAGUAACAAAGUCUUAUUUUUACAACUUGUUUUCUUUUUUCUUCCAAUUUUCAGUUAAGGGAAGUGUUAUCACAAUGAGAAAGUCUAAUAGCAGGAUUACGAGAAAGAACAUUGUAAUUUUUUCGAAAAUUAAGUGACACGUAAAAGUCUUGAUGUCAUGAAAAUCACUGCGCUGAGACGAGUUGUACUGUUACAGGACUAAAUGGUCAUUGCGAUGAAAAAAACAGAACAUUUUCACAAGAAAUAUUUUCAUUCCAAUUUUUAGUCAACGUAAGUGAUUUUACAAUCAAAAAACAGUAGAAUUGCCAUAUUACCCAAAAAAAGAACAACAUUCAGUCAUAUAUUGGGCCUAAUAGGUUACAAGACUUGUGUCGAAAUGUUACGGAAAAUAUUACCAGACUAAAGUCGGAAUGUUAUGCGCCACAAAGCUUUAGUCUCCUAUAAAACUAAUGCUUCAAAAGAUAAACAUGAUAUUGUAGGACACAAUUUCACAGUAACAAAGUCGUAUUUUUACUACUCAUUGUUUUUCUUUUAAUUUUCAGUCAAUGGAAGUGUUAUCACAAUGAGAAAGUCUAAUAGCAUGAUUACGACAAAGAAAGAUGUAUUUUUUUUAGAAAAUUAAGCGGCACAUAAAAGUCUUGAUGUUAUAAAAGUCACUGCGCUGAGACGAGUUGUACUGUUACAGGACUAAAUGGUUAUUACAAUGAAAAAAACUGAAAUAUUAUUAUUACAAAUUUCAGUCAACAUAGGUAUUAAUGCAAUAAGAAAACAAUACAAUUGCAAUAUUACCAAAAAACCCCCCAAAAAAAACAACAUUUAGCCUAAAAGGUUAGUCAUAAUACUACAAAACUCGUGUGAGUGUCGUAAUGUUAAAAGAAGUGUUACCACACUGAAGUCAGAUUGUUACGCAGGACUAGUCAUAAUCUUAAGAGACUAAAAACCUUAAAGAGCUAAAUACUACACUUUUACAGGAAAAAUACUAUUUUCCUGAGAAAAAAGUCGGAAUUUUACGAUCAAUUUUUUCCCCCAAACAAUUUUGUCAACGUAGCUCUUACUCAAGUUGUGCUGAAGCUGUUACUUUUAUUUAUAUUAAAAUAUAAUCCCCAACUAUGCUUUUCGUAACGCACAUUUAUGCUAAAACAUGACUUUAGUCUUGUGUAAUAAACACUGGUGAUUUCUUGUCAUCUUAAAAUGUGAAACCCUUUUACUUGCAAUAUCAUGUUAUUAUUAUUCAAUGUUUAAUACCAAACCACAUAAAGUAAUUCUCGUAAAUUACGAUUUUUGGGAAAGGGGGGGCAUUUACCUACAACUGUAGUCCUGUAAAGAACGGGAUUUAUUCUCCAAUUAUCGAGUUUUCCUUACAGUGUGGUCAUAACACUCCUUUGACGGAAUGUCGUCAAAAUCGCUUGGAUUUGUUUUUAUGGUUACGGCCUGAUGUAGCGAGGCAGAACUUAUUGUGCCCUACAAUGAAAAAAAUGGCCAGCCACACCCAAUAAGAAAACUACAAUAAAAACAUUUUAAGGAUAGUAAGAUGUGUUUUGGGAAAGAAACAGUACCCUCUGCUGGCUCUAAAGGGGCACUGCUCCCCUUGACCUUAAAACGGCAGAAGACACCUUAAAGCGGGUGUAAAAGCCAAAAAAACAGGGGAGAUGAGGAGCAAGUGUUACGCUUUGUGAAGGUAUUUGCACUAGAUUUUAAACAUUUAGAAGUAUAGGUGGUGAUAAUUGACAUCAGGUACAGUGUGAGAUAAAGCAGACCUGUCUUUCGGGUCGAGGGGUGUGUUUAUUUUUGGAAAUGGGGGCAGAAAGGAAAGGGGGAAAAAAAGUACAAGGCAGAGUGUGCGGCCAUCAGGAUGAUGCAAACUACACGUAAUCCAAGUGGAUUACUGGGAGAGCUCAUGCAGAAACGUAGCCUACUGUACAGUAUUCUUACCCACGCUCCCAUGCUAAACUAAACCAUGCUUCACGUCAACAAAGCAAAAAGCGGCCAUCUGAUUGUUUUAUAGGAAACAAAGGCAAAAGUUAUCCGUGUGAUUAAAUCUGCACUAUCUCGCACUCUUAGCACAAACCCCGGUUUGUACACAUGACAUCAUCCAUGUUGAAGACAUGAAAUCACAAUGUGCUUCAAGACGGACCUCUAAGAGUUGUUCAUUAAGGCACCAGUUCACCGUAAACUGUGCUCCUUUAUCAGGGUUUUCUUGCAAACAGUGUUGAAUGUAUACAUUGCAACAUGUAUAUACACAUACAAAGAGUGGUUUUGUACAAACAAGUCUUAUGUGUCAGAUAAUGUACAUACAAUCAAGUAUAUUUAUGAUAAUAAAACUGUGAAAUGCACAAAUAAUGUUUGAAUGUUUCUAUACAAACACAAGCACUCCUUUAGAGAUUAUCUUCCUGGUUUUAAAAGUGUCAAAAGUCAAACCUUAACUUUGUAAUCACUGCAAAGCCGGUGGCUUCUUGCAGGUAUUUUAAGCAGAUGACGAUUAUUAAGUUCGACGUAACCACCUUAAGGUUUAACGGCGUUCAAUUUUCCAAUGGCCACUCUUUAUCUGUCGGCCUGCCUGGCUAAUGGUUUUACUUCUAAGAGUAUUUGCGUAUUCCUGGAAUAGUGCAGGACAUGCUAAGGCUGACAGCUAAGGCUUCCUAGAGCAGUGGUUCUUAACCUUGUUGGAGGUACCGAACCCCACCAGUUUCAUAUGCGCAUUCACCGAA